CCCGCCCACAGCAGCAGGUAUCCCGGGAGCGGAGUGGCAGAGACAAAGAGGCAGGAGCGGGCCUUGGCCCAUCUCUUCCCUUGAAACAGGGCCAGGCGCCUUUCCUUCAUGUUCAGAUGGCGAAGGGAAGAGGUUCUUCAGUCCUGAUGGAGCCCAGAGUGAAGAUGGAGCAGCCAGACCAGAACAACCCUGAAGGAGGAGGAGAGCCCUAUGAAAUGUGGGGCAGGAGAAGUGUUGGGUUCCCAGGUAGAAUGGGUCAAGAUGUCUUGGAGGAGAAGUCCUUCAGAGCAGACCUUCAGUGCCAACGCUUCUGGUGCUUCCGCUACGAGGAGGCCUUGGGGCCCCGAGAGGUCUGCAGCCGCCUCCACUCUCUCUGCGGACGGUGGCUGAAGCCCAAGCAACACUCCAAGGCAGAGAUGCUGGACCUGGUGAUCCUGGAGAAGUUCCUGACCAUCCUCCCUCCUGAGAUGGAGCACUGGGUGAGGGAAUGUGGGGCAGAGACCAGUUCCCAGGCUGUGGCCUUGGCUGAAGGCUUCCUCUUGAGUCAGGCAGAAGAGGAGAAGGCACUGCAGGAAGAGCAGAAGGAAGGAGAGGUCCUUCAGGCCCAGGAGGCCCCAUUGGAUACCAGCUGUGGCUUCCUUUCCAGGCGGAUCAAGCUGGAGGAAGAGGAGGACACAAGAGCUGCUCCACCAGGAGAUGAGCCAAGGGUGCUGGGAAGACGUGAUAACUCUAUUCUUUCUGACGCAGGAAAAGUGGCAUCCAUUCAGCAAGAUCAGGUGAUAUUUGAGGAUGUGGCUGUCCAUUUCAGUGUGGAGGAGUGGGCCUUACUGGAUCCGGAUCAACGGGCCCUGCACGGGGAGGUCAUGGAAGAAAAUUAUCGGAUGGUGGCUUCUCUGGGUGGUGAUGAACAAGGGAGUGAGAAUGAGGGAGCUCCGCAUGAAAUGUGGUUGAAAACAGCAAGAACUCAAAAGGAAGAGGAAAGAAGCUUGAGAACCGAAGCAGAAGGAUAUAACAGGAACCAGUGCCCUGUCGACACCAGGGAAGUCACAACAGAAGAGACAGUAGGUGAAAUCAGGGAAAUUGGAAAUAGCCCUGUCUAUGAGAAUGGCUUCUUCCAGGAGGCAGCUAGUAUACACCCUACACACAGUGAGGAACACCAAAUUUUGGGAAAGCCAUAUAAAUGCCUGGAGUGUGGAAAAUGCUUUCAUAAAAAAAGAAACCUCAGUGUACACCGUAUGAUCCACACGGGAGAGAAGCCAUAUAAAUGUCUGGAGUGUGAGAAGAGUUUCCGUUGGAAAAAGAGCCUAAAGCUGCACCAAAGCACCCACACAGGAGAGAAUCCAUUUAAAUGCCUGGAAUGUGGAAAAUGCUUCCCCCAAAAAGGAGUUCUCAACAAACACCAAAAAACCCACAUGGGAGAGAAGCCAUAUAAAUGCCUGGAGUGUGGAAAAGGUUUCUUUCAGAAACUACACCUCAAAGGCCACGAAAGAAUCCACACAGGAGAAAACCCCUAUAAAUGCCUGGAGUGUGGAAAAGACUUUUAUGAAGAGAGCAGUCUUAUUAGACAUGAAAUGAAUCACAAAGGAGAGAAACCCUAUAAAUGUCUGGAGUGUGAGAAGAGUUUCUGUUGGAAAAAUAGCCUAAAGCUGCACCAAAACACCCACACAGGAGAGAAGCCGUUUAAAUGCCUGGAGUGUGGAAAAUGCUUCCCCCAAAAAGGAGUUCUCAACAAACACCAAAAAACCCACACGGGAGAGAGGCCAUAUAAAUGCCUGGAGUGUGGAAAAGGUUUCUUUAGGAAAGGACGCCUCAAAGGCCACGAAAGAACCCACACAGGCGAGAAGCCAUAUAAAUGCCUGGAGUGUGGAAAAGGUUUCUUUCAGAAAAAAAAUCUCAACAUACACAAAAGAACCCACACAGAAGAGAAGCCAUAUAAAUGUCUGGAGUGUGGAAAAGGCUUUAAUGAAGAGAGAUAUCUUAUUGGACAUGAAAUGAAUCACAAAGGAGAGAAGCCCUAUAAAUGUCUGGAGUGUGGGAAGGGUUUCUGUUGGAAAUAUAGCCUAAAGCUACACCAGUGCACCCAUACGGGAGAGAGGCCAUAUAAAUGCCUGGAGUGUGGAAAAGGUUUCAUUCAGAAACUACAGCUCAAAGGUCACGAAAGAACCCACACAGGAGAAAAGCCAUAUAAAUGCCUGGAGUGUGGAAAAUGCUUUAAUAAAAAAAGAAACCUCAGUGUACACCGCAUAACCCACACAGGAGAGAAGCCAUAUAAAUGCUUGGAGUGUGGAAAAUGCUAUACCCAAGAUAAUAACCUAAGGAGACACCAAAAAACUCAUACAAGAGAGAAACUAAAUAAGUGUUUGAAGUGCGGAAAAAGCUUUGUUUCAAAUAUAAGUCUCAUUAGGCAUGAAAUGAAUCACACAGGAGAAAAAUCCUACAAAUGCCUGGAGUGUGGAAAAGGCUUUUAUGAAGAGAGCAGUCUUAUUAGACAUGAAAUGAAUCACAAAGGAGACAAACCCUAUAAAUGUCUGGAGUGUGGGAAGAGUUUCUGUUGGGAAAAGAGCCUAAAGCUACACCAGUGCACCCACAGAGGAGAGAAGCCGUUUAAAUGCCUGGAGUGUGGAAAAUGCUUCCUCCAAAAAGAAAUUCUCAGCAAACACCAAAAAACCCACACGGGAGAGAGGCCAUAUAAAUGCCUGGAGUGUGGAAAAAGUUUCUUUCUGAAAGUACACCUCAAAAGCCACGAAAGAACCUACACAGGAGAGAAGCCAUAUAAAUGCCUGGAGUGUGGAAAAGGUUUUUCUGAUAAGAGGAUUCUUAUUGGACAUGAAAUGAAUCACAGAGGAGAGAAACCCUAUCAAUGUCUGGAGUGCGGGAAGAGUUUCUGUUGGAAAAAUAAGCUAAAGCAGCACCAAAACACCCACACAGGAGAGAAGCCGUAUCAAUGCCUGGAAUGUGGAAAAGGUUAUUCUGAUAAGAGACAUCUUAUUGGACAUGAAAUGAAUCACAGAGGAGAGAAACCCUAUCAAUGUCUGGAGUGUGGGAAGAGUUAUACCCUUAAAUCUGUUCUUAGAGUUCACCAGAAGAGUCAUACAGGAAAGUGUGGGAAAAGUUUUAGCUACAAAUCAGACCUCAAAAAUGUCCAGGAUAGUCAUACAGAGGACAAGACCAAAGACAUGUCUGGAAUGAUGGAAGAGCUUCCAUUAGAGAGCAAGUCUCAAGGCCCACCAGAAAACCCACAUGGGAGAGAAGUCAAAAAGCCUUGAAUCUGAUAAGAGUUUUAAAUGUAAACCGAUCUUCAAAGAUUACUGGAAUGUUUAUACA